AUGAUCAGACAAGUCGCACUUACUGCCAGGAGUCCAAACUUGGCCCGCAAUUAUACCACGUUGAGAGAAACAUGGCAGAGCACCAAGACGCCCCUCAAGCGCGCCGCCAUGAAGUUGAACAGACGCACGGGCGAGUUUCUAGCGGAGGGCAUCAACUUGGCGCAGCAUCCUGAGCGCGCGGCCCAUUUGCGCAGCGACUAUGCUGCAAAGAAGAGAGUCGCUGACAACAUCGGCCGCGGCAACUAUACUUCGUUGCAGAACAAGGGCAAGCUCGUUGAGAGCGAGCAGUGCCGCGCCGAUGACGGAUUGUGA